AUGGUAAAAGACACAAAGCUUUAUGACAUUCUGGAGCUGAAACCGGAUGCAUCAGAAAGCGAGAUCAAAAAAGCAUACAGAAAACUCGCUCUCAAAUAUCAUCCUGAUAAGAAUCCAGACACGGGAGAGAAGUUCAAAGAAAUCGCUCAUGCAUUUGAGAUUUUAAGUGAUGAGCAGAAGCGUGCUGCUUACGAUCGCUUUGGCGAAGAAGGUGUAUCCGAGGGCGGUAUGGGCAUGUCAGCCGAAGAUAUAUUCAGCUCGUUCUUCGGUGGUAGCAUGUUUGGUGGUCGUCACGGACCCGGGCGACCGAGCGGCCCGCGUAAGAGCAAACCACUUCAACACAUGCUCAAAGUAUCUCUGGAAGAGUUGUACAAUGGUAAAACAACAAAAUUAUCUCUUAAUAAAAAUGUCAAGUGCCCCAAGUGUCAAGGUCGAGGUGGAAAGGAAGGGGCUGUCAAGAGUUGCCAGACUUGUAGUGGUACUGGUGUAAGAUUAAUCGUUCGCCAGCUGGGUCCAUCCAUGCUACAACAAAUUCAGCAGCCAUGUAAUGAAUGCAGUGGUACGGGUCAAGUUAUCAAAGAGAAAGAUAAAUGUACUUCUUGUAAAGGCAAAAAGUUUGUGUCUGAGCGCAAAGUUCUCGAAGUACAUAUUGCCAAAGGGAUGAAAAACCAUCAAAAGAUUGUAUUUGCUGGAGAGGCUGAUUACCAACCUGGAUAUGACGAGCCUGGUGAUGUUAUUAUUAUUCUCGAAGAGAAACCUCAUGAGCGUUUCAUCAGAAGAGGAGAUGACUUGUUCUAUUCUGCUAAUGUUGACCUAUUGACUGCAUUGGCCGGCGGAAACUUGUAUAUCAGACACUUGGACGAUCGAUAUUUAAAGGUCUCAAUAACUCCUGGUGAAUCAAUUAAGCCCGGAGAUAUGAAAGCUCUUAUUGGCUAUGGUAUGCCUUCUUAUCGUCACCACAACUUUGGUAACAUGUAUGUUCAAUUCAACAUUGAAUUCCCUCCUCCCAAUUGGGCUGACUCUGCAACGAUCACUAUGCUUGAGAAUAUUCUUCCGCCGCGUCAGACACCUGCAAAGGUAGAUGAGACCAGUGUCGAAGAGGCAGAUUUCACCGCACUAAACGCAAAUGAGAAGGCAAAACUCGAACAGAAUAAGAUUAAUGGU